CUUGUGAAAGCCAUCUUGGCCGUGGUGAAGGCCUAGGCCGUGGUGAGGGUGGAUUUGACCGUGGAUUUCGAAGCCAACCCCUCCCUUAAGGUAAUCUCCUCCGAUCCCCUCGUUUUCAUCCAUAGGAAUUGUCACAUUUGCUCAAAUCUUGCUACUUUGGGGAAACCCUAGUUUUGGCUUGGAUUUGCAAAUUUGUGUUGAAUGAUGUUAUGCUUCUUUGCUAAUUUGGUAUGGUUAGGCUUUCAUAGUAUGCUAGGGUUAGGGUUAUGUGUGUUUGAUGUUGGUGUUAGGGUUAUGCUAUGGUUAGGAUUGUGGUUAUUGUUAAGUGGGGGUUAGGGUUAACCAAGAAUUCUCGGUUUUGUAGGCAUGGCUUCAUCCGGUUCCAUGACGAGGCCACCGUGUGCUAACCAAGAAGACAUGCCGAACAAGUGGGAGGACGCAUCUUUGGACAAGGUGAAGGAGAAAGAUGUCGACAUCCCGCCAUGUUGGUGUGGAGAUGUUUGCAAGGUGAAGGUGUCCACCGACCGAAAGAAAUCAUGGACGGAAGGGCGGAGAUAUUUUGUAUGCCCGAACUAUGCUUAUGAUCGUGCACUUCCAACUAACGCCUAUGACCAACCACCGUCACCGCCUCCUCUAUGCAAGUACUUCACGUGGAUAGAUCUUGAAGUGCCAGAAGAUGUCAAAAAGGACCAAUACCAAGAUUGUCUUAGGCGGCAACGGCGGUUCAAAGAAUCGUUUCGAAGAGGCUUGGAGGAAGAGCGUCGUCAGAAGGAGAGGAUGGAGCGGAAAAAACGAGAGGAGGAGAGGGCACGCCAAGCGAAACUUGCUCGUGAGGAGGAGAGGGCAAGAAAGCUUGCAAAGGCUCGCGAGGCGCAAGAGGAGGACUCGGCCCGUGACAAGAAGGGGAAAUGGCCUCGCUCUACUUAGUAGGGACUUCGCUUCGGUGCACUCGUCGUCAACUAUCUUCUAAUAAAUGUGUCGUGAACUUGUGAGGGCAUGUGAGAUGUUGGUGAACUAUCUUCUAGGGCAAGCUGCCAUUUGUCAUUUGUAAUGAAUGUGUCGUGAACCAUGUCGUAGUAACAUUUGAAUUGUCUUAAGUUAUGAACUCAUCGGCAUAAAAUUUGUGUUUGUUCAAAUUGCUGUGAUGCUGCAGUCAUUGUAAGUAUUAUGUUGUUCCGGUGAAAUGAAUGUGCUGUAAA